CAAGUUGUUGAAACCUUUAUCAAAAUUUUUGAUGAAUCUUUAUGAAACUCUAAUUUCCUUCUUGCAAUCCAUCAGCUUAGAUUCUCGUAAAAAGAAUGCAGAUUUAAAAAAUGACGCUGAAUCCUCGAUUAAGCUCUUGGAAAAGAUUAAAACAAAUUCGGAUCAUGAAUUGGCGUUAGUAUUGAAGCAAGACGCCCUGUUUUUUCGACCUUUUCUUUCCACGCUUGAAAGGAAGCUAGACCGUUACAUUAUUCCUGGCUUAAACUCGGUCCAGUCACUGGUAAUUCAUGGUGCCCUAUCUCCUUCAAUUCUGUCAGAAUUAUUCCCUGUACUAGAUAAUAUCUCUUCUCUAGGACAGGAUGUGCAGUUGAGAAUACUUCAGAUACUUCCUAUCGUUUGUAUCAAGUAUGCUGAGUAUAUGCAACUCUCUUUAUUGGUUUCUGUGCUUCACACAUGCUUUUCUUUACAUAAUAAUAGGAAUGUAAUCGUUUCUAAUGCUGCUUCUGCUACACUUCGUCAAGUUGUGAUAUUGGUGUUUGACCAUUUGGAUCAUGAAACCUCGGCACAGAGAAUUAAUAAUGUCCUAUUUUCCGACUUGCUUACUAUUUUCUCUGAUCUAUGUGCUCUAAUCAGUUCAGGAAACUCUGAAUUACUAAAGGUUAAUGGCAUAUCCGAAACUUUCGGUUUGGAAUUGAUUGAAAGUAUUCUUGUUAAUCACCAUCAUUUAUUCGAACGAACUGAAUUUCAAGAUUCAGUUCGAAAAGACUUACUUCCAAUUAUAACUGCCUCCCUCGCCUCUAUGUCUAAUUUUUCCGUAGCUCUUCGUGUUGCCCGUAUUUUAUCCAUUCUUUUCCAGCAUCAUACAGCUUCAUUAAGCAUAGAUGUUGAAGUUAUUUUGUCCUUUAUAAUCAGUUCCUUGGAGAACUCGGAGGCUCCAUGGAAAAAAGCUCUAUUUUUGGAAGUUUUGCGGUGUCUAUUCACUAAUUCUGAACUCAUAUUUAUUAUGUAUUCCUUAUUUGAUGGUGUAGAAGGACGGAAACCUAUAAUCUCCAAAUUAAUAACUUCACUCAAUCGGAUUAUAAAUGAAAAUCCUUCUAUGAUAGGAGUAGGAUCACGAGUACUUCUACCUGAUUUUAUAGACGAUUACCCGUCUGGUUUUUCAUCUACACUUACUUUUGAAAUGGAAAAAAUAAUAGGUACAUUCACUGGUUCAAAACCGGAACAAGUAAUAGGUAUAUGCCGUGCUACAAUUUUGAAAACUCCAUGCAUUGAGCAGUUUGACAAGCAAGACCCGCCCAUCAUUCCCGCUGCUUACUUAGUUUACCUGGCUAUGUGUUCCUUGGUAUCUCUUUGCAAAUCUACUGCUGAGUUUGUCAUGGACUUCCAUAAAACUACAUCAAACACUGAAUUCUUGAGUUUGCUACAUUCACUGCAAUCUAAUGAAGAUAUAAAAUUAUAUCCGGAUACAUAUCCAAAGUUAAAAUGCUACUACGGCUUAAUCUCUCAGAAUUGGACCGCCUUCCUAGUCUCGUAUUCUACUUUUAUGUCGUGUGCUUUGAGCACGGAGUUGCUAAAGUUUAGUGUUAAUUCUUAUGUAAAAUUCAUAUGUGUCUGUACCAUUUUUAGAUUGGAAACCCCUCGUGACGCUUUGCUAACAACUCUUAGCAAUAAAGCGGUACCUUCAAUCCUGUUGACUGGAAACUUGCCCAAUAACAAUUCUAAUUCUGUAUCUAAUAAUGGACGUUUAUCCACAUCCACGAUGUUUAGUGUUGAAGGAUUAAAGGAAGCAGCAACGACCAUAGCUGGGAUGGCAACUUAUGAUGGUCAUGACGAUAAACAAAAGACUUUUUCAUUAAGAGAAUUAAUAUUUUUACGAAGUCUUUCUUUUGUUGCUCAAGAAGUUGGCGAGCUAUUGGGUAAGGGGUGGAAAAUAUUCCUUGAAACGGUUGACAAAGCAGACAUCAUUUUAAACAGAUCGCCAUCAUCUAAACAUUUGUCCACAAGCAGCUUAAGUCGCCUUGGCUCUUCGCAUUCUGUUGGGCAUGAGGGCAAAGCCAUAUCUGGGUUAAUGGAUCAGGAAAUGAUAUCGUAUAAAAGUGAACUUUCCGAGCUUAUGUUAGCUACCUCUAAGUAUGAUGAUCAACCUUUUAUGGAAUUUCUUGAAUCUUUACUGGCAGUACUCACGUCCUCGUGUAUAGAUCAGACGAAUAAUUUGACUGUACCCCAACUGCCUGAAGAGAGAACUUCUAUUUCAUCUCGUGGAUCUUCAGCGAGGCUUGCAGCGAAUAGGUCAAUUUCUGGAGGAAUUCGUCUUCUUAGAAAAAGCUCAGAGGUCUUUUAUUCAUUUACCAUUUUGGAAGUGAUAAGUUCCUGUAAUUUAGAUCGCUUAAGCAACACAAAGCAUGUAAAUGACAUAUGGCCUCUGAUCUCUUCUUCCUUAAGCGAUAUUUUCAAAAAUUCAACAGUUUCCCAGGAACUUCGAAUAAGAGCUGCGAAAUGUUUGGCCAAUAUAUUGGUGGAAUUCUGUUCAUGCAUCUCAAACGAAAGAACUGAUGAGAACAAGAAGUCCCAAGAACAGUUUUUACAGUCGGUCAGCUUACUAGAGCCGUCGACGGAAAUAUCUGAUACUACGUCGAAAAAUGUAGAGUACGAUAUUUCUUCCAUAGGUCUCGAAGCUUUAGCAUUGAUUCUAGAAACGGUAGGUCAUAAUCUGUUUCAAGGAUGGCGUUAUGUAUUUGACAUGCUUCGAUUCAGUUGUGCCAAGUGCUCCGAUCUGUUUGGUCAGGAUAAAGGGGCCAAGAUAGUAAGAUUAGCGUUUUCCUGUUUACAGUUAAUCUGUACCGAUUUUUUGGGUUCACUGGAUAUGGACAACUAUCUAGAUUUGCUCGAUACUUUACUUGUAUUUUGUCGACAGGAAAAAGAUGCCAAUGUAUCACUUACCGCUGUCGGACUAUUUUGGAUUGUUUCGGAUACAUUAAAAAAUAUGUUUAGUAAAUCUGACUGUUCUUGUACUUAUACCUCCUUGGAAGAAUUAUAUUUGUUUACUACUACUAAAAGAAGAGAAAUUUUACCGGAAGUAUUAUGGAUCAUGCUGCUUGUGCAUCUAGCAGAUCUGUGCGAAAACUCAUGGGCCAGUGUAAGAGAUGGGGCUGCUCAAAUUCUGUUUCGAAUUUUCAAUUCCCAAUGUUCGAAUCUAGGAAUUAAUGCAUGGGCAUCCUGCUGUCAACUAGUUAUCUUAAAAAUAUUGUCAUCGCAAACAAAACUCGCGAAGUUGGCGUUAAAUAGCGAUGCUCAUGAUGAGGAUGCUGAGCAAACUAGCGCUUUAAUUAUCAGCGGUAUAGCGAAUGUGUUUUCUGCAAAUAUGGACAUGCUUUUGAAAGUGGAAGGAAUUUUGAAUGUCGUCAAGGAAACGUUCAAUUUUAUGCGAAACUUUCAUAAUGGUAAAUAUCAACGCAUAUGUAUGAGUAAUUUUAAAGCAAUGAGGGAGCUGGCCUUCCAUUCGUCUCAAUAUAAACAGAAAUCUUUGAUUUUUAAUGAAUUGGUCGAACUUGAAUUUGAAAAUUGGAUAUCAUUUUGUGAACUUUCUUUAGUCAAUCCUGUCAUCGCUGGCUUGCCUCAGGAAGGUCUCAAAUUACUUGUUGAAUGUUUGUUAUACUUAUUAAAGGCAUAUAGAUUUGAGGAAGAUAGGCUCUGUCUUGCAAUAACGCGGAUACGUAAAGUUAUAUUUUAUGAAGCAAGCCCAUCAUAUGCGUUGGACAUUGACUUUCUAUCUUCAUUGCAAGAAGCGACAUAUGCGUUGUUGGAUUGCUUAAUUGAAGAUUAUAAACAAGAAGGUUUAGUCGUGGAUAUCUGGGCUGACAUAUUAUUUUAUGCGUUUAAUGAGGAAAAGUUAUCACGAAAUUCGCUACCGACAUUUAUUUGCUUUUCAAAAAAAAUUUUAGAACAAGUGAACAGAAUUACUGAAGACAAAAUUUUGCCGAUGCUAAGGAACGGUGUUAUGUCGCACUUUUUUAAUUCGUUAUUAGUACCUAUGAAAUUGAAAUAUCGAUGUCCAAGGCCGAGCCGAAUCAAUGAGAAGCAAGCACCUAUCUGGACAAUUGCAAGCUCUGUAUUCGUUGACUUAACUACGAACUGCUUUGUUGAACUGGAAAGAAAAGAUGCUCUUGAAGAAAAUGGUCAAUUAGAGGCAUUAUUUGACUUUAGCGUGAAAGCUAUGCGAUCUGUUGUGUUUCCAGAUAUAAACUAUGAAUCUGUGUGGAGCCUUGAAAAUACCUAUGAAAAAGAAGAUGUCAAUUGUAUUAAAGUGCUGCAUUCUCUCUGGAAGCCUUAUCUACAUUCAUCUUCGUUGUGCUCACAGAUUCGGGAAUAUUUUACGGUUAUGUGUAAGGGAUCCGUCCAAUACCAAAUGCGGGGAACAGAGCCUAUGGUGAUAUGUUCUAAUGAGAUAGAGAUUCAAAAGGAAACAGGAUACUCUUAUUUCCCUUCAACUGAGACACCUAUAGCAAAUUGCCGUCCGCAAGUCGCAGAGCUUUGCUAUUCUAUUCUGUUAGAAGAGUGUCAAUCAUCGAUAGAACAAGUAAGACAGGAGGUAUUGCUCAUUUUGCAGAGCCGUAUCUGUUGGUCUUUGAAAAGAUACAUGGCAGACCGACUAGUAUCAGGCUUACUUCCGUUGGCAGAUUGUCAAAAGGAGGAUAUCGAUAAGAUCACUGAAUGUAUAUCAUCAAAACCUGUUUUAUUUUCAAGCUCUGUUCGUUCUCUGUUACGCCGUGCUUAUUAUACGAUGAACGCUACUUCUGUAUCUAGUAAUAUGAGCUUAAAGAUUGGUGGAUUGACUUUAGAAAACGAGGAUUGGACUGGAAUCUAAUUGCUUGCCUAAUGAAUGAGUUACUUAACGUGAUGCGAAUUUCGUGAACUAAAAAAACUUAUGAAUUGAUUCUGUACAUUUAAAUCUUCGACAAGUGACCAUUGAAAGAAUGUAGACUGUGAAUUUUUUAAUUUAAUUUAAUUUUUAUUUUAUUCCUAUGCUUAAUGUUUAUGUUUGUUUAAAUUUCUAUUUACGU